CAAGCCAGGCUUUAUCCUGCUCGUCUGUCCCGCUCACUUAGACCUCACAGGAAACUCACGGCUCCCCCCGGCCCUCAAACUUUUUUUUACUCUCAUACACAGUCCUGCCGGCUUGCUGAGUCUGACCAGAGAGGAUGGCUAAGCACAUGUGGAGAAUGAAUGGGCUCUGGGGAAGGAUGGCUGGAGUCCUUGUGCUCUGCGCUCUGUUGUUUAGCAAUGAGGUGAUGUGUCAAGACGAUGAUGCUGCAGCAGCAGACCCCACCGACGCAGCUGACCCAGCCGCAGACCCUGGUGCUGUGACAGAUGCUUCAGCUGCCAGUGCACCUACGGAUGCCUCAGCUGCCCCAGAUGCAGGUGCUGCCCCGACUGAUGCUGCUGCUGCUGCUGCUGAUGCUGAUGCUACUGUAGAAUCUGCUGCUCCUGGAGAUAGUGUGUUUCCAGCAACCAUCAUAAAUGUUGUACUCGAUUCUAGUGGGGGCACCUCAGGGACCAAUGCUCCUGCCACUGUAGAAGACAAAGACUCAGCUGCUGUGGCUCCAGUAGUGACCAGCGUUGUUAAAGCCGUGGUGCCUGAUGUGAAGUGUGUUGGAAAAGAGGACAUACCAGAAAGUGCUAUCAAGGUUACGGUGGUCACAACUGACUGUGAUGCCACUAAACGCAUCAUUCAGGAUAAUCCUGCAGGCUGGUGCAACAAGGAAAACUGUAACCUAAAAAUCUCCCAGGAGGGCAACACAAUCCAAGUGGCCAGUGAUGAUGCUAAAUUGAGUACUUUGGCUGAGGCUGUCCAGAGUGCUGGUUUGAAGAAUCAGCUGGGUGUGACAAAGGUGGAGACCCCGUCCUCAUCAGGUUCCUCGGUCUUCGUGGGGAUCCUGAUCAGCGGUCUGCUUGCCGCCAUAGGGAUCACUGUUGGUUACUUCAAAUGCCCACGCAGAGGCGAUGCCAAGGGAGUGAGGCUGGCAGAGGAGGCCUAUCCAGCAGACCAGGAGAACCAGGGGAACACUCUGGUAUCCGUGGCCCCCCUGAACCCCCCAGCAGAGACCCCGGAGAAACCCAGCGUGAACGGAGAGUCUCCUGAGGCAGCCAAGACCGAGCCUUCCUCUCCUCCCACCAACGGCGCCCCCACCACCAAGACGGCGGACACCGAGCUGUGAAAACAGUCUCCAAAGAACUACAGCCCAGGAACUACCCCCAACAGACACACCCAUCCACAAACACACACACACACACACACACACACACACACACACACACAUACCUUCAUCCCUGUGAAAACCCCUUUUCUGAAUCCACUUCUGCCCAAAACACACAGACUCCAGUGAACAUCAGGGAACAAGAGCAAUCUUUUACAUCAAUGCUCCUCUUGUCACAGUCCACAUAGGGCCUCCUCCUUUGGCUUUGUGCCUCAAUUAACAUCAGGCAAAGCAGCCUGACGACUACGACGGUGACAGUGAUGAAUGAUGUCGACGGUGACGAAGGCUCGGCCCCCUCCCCGGGUUGUUGAGGAACGACUGGAGACGGGCACCUCUGGGUGGGAAAAGAGUUAGCAUUAAUCAGCACUGGUUCCAAUAAUGACUGCAGCCAUGUCUCUGCAUGUCGUCCGGUUUUGAAAAGCUCCUGUAAAUCCUCUACUAGUGAAUACAGCACAAGCACAUAAAGUCACAUAGUUUCUUGUAAGGCCUAGACAGACACAGGAAAUAAAUCACCCUGCCUUGAAAAUCUGUUUACAAACCUCUCAGAGUGAAAAAUCCAUUGGGGCUCUCGUUUGUGUGAUUGAAUCAUAGACUGUUUAUAAGGAGUGGAUUUGCUCUCUGUUUCGGAGUGGACGUGCCUUAAAGCUGCAUCCAGCAACACGACUCACACAACAUGAGAUUUGGAAAUGAGACGUCCUCCUGCUUUUUUUUAUUUACCCUGCAUUCACAUGGUGUCACAAUAAUUGGAAAAAUUACUUUAAAAAAAAAAACAAAACUGAUGACAUGCAUUUGAAAACAAUCUCGAGUAGGGACGAGAAGACUAAAACUAGACACCUGACUUUACCACAGACACAGCCAUAAACGUUGUAUUCAUUUGCACAUUGCAUUUAAAACUCCUGGCUCAUUGGCAUCAUGGUAUAAGGCUCUAAGGUUAAGGUUUUGUCAAAGCAAAAGUUAGCUAGAUUAGUUCUGCAUCAGGAAAUACAACACAUUUGAUUGCAAGUUGGAAGAACUACUUUGCAACCUUGAGCUAUCAGAGAAAUACUUGAACACAGAUUUAUUACCUCCGUAUACAUUUUCCAAAAAAAAAAAACUUAAGGCUCUCCAUCACUGUUUUCCAGUCUUCUUCUGCACAGUGUGAUGCUCAUUUUGUAAGUUCUCAUCCCAUAUACAGUAAAGUAGAUGAUGAAGUAGGGUACAUUUUAAGGCGUGGCUUCUUUGUGUUUUAGCAGCCUGUGCUUGACAAAGUGCUAUUAUGUCUGGGUAAAGACGUUAGAUUUUUUCGUCCACCCUGUCACAAAAUAUGGUCACUUCAAUAUGGUCCCUGUCACAACUUUACGUUUGCUACGUCCACUGAGUAUAUCUGGUCAAUGGGUUGGGUUACUGAUAGUGUCGGUGUGAAAACGUGUGUAUGUGUGUGAUUGCUACUUUUAAAUCCUGCAUGUGUGUGUAUGCUCGCAUCUGUACUGUGCACGGACGGCGUGUUUAUCCUUACAUUUUAUCUCGCUCACUGUGCGUUUGCGCGGUUGUUCACGAGUGGUGGACGAUUGUCUAGGCGUGCGAGCGGUUGACGAGUCUGAAUGUGCAUGUAACAUAAGCCAUGAAAAAUGUAGAAUUCUUGUUAAGUACGCUGACAGAGUGACAACUAACCAAGUUGCAGUUGGUCCCUGUGGCGAGGAAGGAGGAGUGCCUAGAGGUUUAGCGACAUCUUUUUUUGUCUAGUUGUCUUUUUAUCUUCACUGCAAACUGUAGUGCGUCAUCUUUCACAAAGCCAACAGGCCUCUUCACAGUCACUACUGAAAAUCACCAGACUGACUAUGAGACCAACAGACUCCUAAAGGCCUCAGACGCAGAGCAAAUCCAUCUGUCAGCGUUACUCUCUUCAAUAUACUGUAUAUGCUUUUUUUUUUUUACUAUCACUGUUCUAUUGAACAGUGUGUAUAGUUUUGAUUUUUUUUUCCUUGUUAUUAAUUUGUGUAUCUACUCUUGUUGUGUGCCAAAGAAUCUCAUUUCAAUGAUGAUGAUGUUACUAAAAAUGUCCCUCAGUGGCACCCUUAACAAAUU